GAAACAUUAAGUUUAGCGAUCAAGAGAGCUGAUUAAGUGGUCUCCUCUAUAAGGAAGUGUUCUAAGACGACUUUCAUAUCAGCAUUCAACAGUGCAAGAUGCCGAUUGUCGUAGAACCACCUCUAGUGGCGUAUACAAACGACAACAGUACAAGCCUAUUCGGUCCUUGUUCAACAGAAUUGUCCAUUGGCACUCUCUACCCGCCACUGGCCUGUGGAGAUAACACACGAUGUGUCCAGAAUCCUCUGCUGUUCCCUUUCACAACCGGUUCCUCCCAGGGCUGUCUCUGUCCCCUGACCUCUGUGCCUACCGUGAAUGGAACGUGCCUGGACAUUGAAGGAUCCUCCUGCCAAACUGACCAAGACUGCGCUUUCAAGACAUCUGACUGCGUUGGGUUGAGCAACAUGGGGCUACCGAGUGCACUCACCGACUUUCUGGCGCCUUUGGUGGUGCUUCUUUGUCAGCUGACAGUGGAAUAUCAGCAGCAAGUGCCGAUCUGGUCAUGUACCGCCAACACGUGCAUUUUCACAGGCCUCGGGGCGCCGUCGAUAUUUGGUUUUCAGAAAAGACGAAAACGUGAAGUAUUCGAGCCGUCUGGAGCAUUUGAAGAAGACCAGGGAUCUCAGAUAAUGGCGUCUCUGUCCAGGAAAACGAGGAGCGAAACCAUAAGUACUGAUGGGCCGGAACUCUUGCCCGCCGGUGAGGCUUUAUCAAGGCAAAAACGCCAGGGGUCAUCAUGCCCACCGUUUUUCCUUGCAUGGGUCCAGAUAUUAAAUAUAUUUGCCACGGGGCCACAGUCACCAGCGAUAGAUUUUGACUGCUUUAUACGCUAGUCACA